AUGGGGGUCAUCAAACAGGCAGCUUUUCUAUCCAUUCUGCUGUCCGCGGUUAUUGCUAGUCCUGCCCAACAGGUUUCUAGCGUACCAUAUGUACCAUCGACGCCCUCUUACUUAAAUCCUGCAAUUGACACCGCAAAAUGGAAUGCCGCAACCGAACAAGCAAACGCUCUCAUAAAGAGAAUGAACUUAACUGAGAAAUCAAUCAUUGUCACGGGAAAUCUAGGAGUUGGGUGCAUCGGCAAUGUGAGACCCAUCGAGCGGAUUGGUUUCACUGGAAUGUGUCUACUCGAUGGCCCGACUGCAGUGCAUACAGGCGAUCUAGCAAGUGUCUUCCCCGCGGGCAUAACAACAGCAGCGUCAUGGGACAAGGACUUCUUCUAUCAGCGGGGAUUCGCACUCGGGACAGAAUUUCGCGGGAAGGGUGCUAAUGUUUUCCUGGGACCCGUUGCUGGUCCGCUGGGGCGGACUCCUCUGGGUGGACGGAACUGGGAAGGCUUCUCGCCUGAUCCGUACCUCACUGGCAUCGCUAUGGAUCUCACCAUCCGUGGAAAUCAAGAUGCAGGUGUGCAGGUAUCCGCGAAACACUACGUCGGCAAUGAGCAGGAAACUCAGCGCUCCAAUACUGUGAUUGACGGUACACCCGUGCAGGGGAUAUCGUCCAACAUUGACGACAGAACUAUGCAUGAACUGUACGUUUGGCCAUUUGCUCAUGCCGUCCGAGCUGGCGCAGCAUCGGUCAUGUGCAGCUAUAACCGGCUGAACUUCACAUAUGCGUGUGAGAAUCCGCGAGCCUUGAAUGAAAUCUUGAAAAAAGAACUGGGCUUUGAGGGCUAUGUUGUCUCGGACUGGUUUGCGACUCACUCAGGGGCCAAAGCAAUUACCGCUGGAUUGGACAUGAAUAUGCCUGGCCCAAUUGACCAGACUGACUUUACUCGAUCCUACUUUGGGGACAAUGUCACUGCUGCGGUCAAAACUGGCAGUGUCUCUAAGUCACGCUUAGACGACAUGGUUCGUCGGAUCUUGACACCGUACUUCUACCUCGGUCAGGAUAAGGACUAUCCGUCCGUAGAUCCCUCGACUUCGGCAGUGAUGGCCAAAACAUAUAACACGUAUUGGCCAACAAAUCCGCAAGGAAAGGAUGUUCGAGGAGAUCAUGCGAAAUUUAUCCGCCAAAAGGCCGCCGAGGCUACCGUUCUCCUGAAGAACACCAACUCUAUAUUGCCGCUCAAAGCGCCCAUCCCAUCCGUGGUCGGGGUUUUCGGAAAUGACGCAGCGGAUCUCACUCAAGGACUUGUGUACGAUGGACCCCAGAGCGAAUAUCCUGACUUUGGAUAUGACAUCGGCACGCUGGUGGUUGGCGGAGGUUCAGGCGGCGGCCGAAACAGUUAUAUCGUCAGCCCCUUGGAAGCGAUCAAGGCUCGCGCCAGAGAAAAUAACGCUCGCGUGCAAUAUAUCACCGAUAAUGCAGUGCUAGCGAAGAAUGACUUCUCGGGCAUCUAUCCCAAUCCGGAUGUCUGUCUCGUGUUCUUGAAGACGUGGGCUAGAGAGGGUGUUGAUCGUCUAUCAUUCGAAGCCGAUUAUAAUUCCACCGAAGUGGUGAACAAUGUCGCACGCCAAUGCAACCAGACCGUUGUUAUCACGCACUCCGGCGGGAUCAACACGAUGUCUUGGGCUGAUAAUCCCAACGUCACUGCGAUCCUAGCGGCACAUUACCCGGGCCAAGAGACAGGUAAUAGCAUCGCUGAUGUCAUAUUCGGCGACGUGAAUCCAUCAGGAAGACUCCCUUACACUAUCGCCAAGGAGGAAGAUGAUUACAACACCGGUCUCCUGAACCUUACAGGGCCUUCGCGGAGAGAUUCCUCUGCUUGGAAAGUGGACUUCGAAGAAGGCCUGUUCAUCGACUACCGGUACUUCGACGAGAAACACAUCGAGCCGCUUUAUGAAUUCGGAUACGGUCUGAGCUACACUACCUUUGCUUUGCCAAAGAAGGCCUCGUUAUCCAAGAAAAAGCUCAACAUUCCCCAACUUCCACCAAACUCGACUCGCAACGCACCCGGUGGGAACCCUGCAUUAUGGAAGGAGGUGAUCAGCGCAUCGACAUCGGUCAAGAACACCGGAUCUGUCUCCGGAGCGACAGUCGUUCAACUUUAUCUUGCUUUUCCGCAAGAUUCGGUUCCUGCCGGAACACCUAAACGGGUUUUGCGAGGAUUCGAGAAAGUGUCCUUGCGUCCAGGAGAGAGUAAAUCGGUUCGCUUCCCGCUCACUCGCCGCGAUCUCAGUUAUUGGGAUGUGACUGCUCAGGAAUGGAGGUUGCCGAGGGGCGAGUUUACCGUUCAUAUUGGAUUCAGCUCGAGGGAUUUGCCGCAGAAGGUCGUUUUCCGGGUCGGUGGGUGA